UUGCCCGUUCUGCCGAGUCGGACACAUCAGUUUUUAAGUGGGGGACGGGGAAAAAAAAAACAGUUCAAAGUGAAAUUAUAGAACUCGAUUAAAGGAAAUUUGAAUCCAAAAAAGACGUUCGUGUGGUGAGAGUUUUCAUCGUUGCUCCUGUUUAGUGUGCCCUGCGUGAAUUUUUUUUUUAGCAUGGCGCCACAGCAGGCCGAUGCAACAGGUGCCAAAGAAAGAACAGGUGCUAAAGAUUGCGACUCGGCUCGUUGCGGGAUUGACGCCGGCUGCCGAAAGGGUCCCGACGGCUAUUUUAUUUGCAUCUGCACUCACGACCUGUCGCUCCAAAGGCCGGAUGGAUCUUGCCCUCGCUUUGUCGUGACGGGACAACAUCACCCGACGCCAAACCGAAAGACGUUGAUUAGCAUCCAGCGCAAAUCCGCCGCAAUCAACCAGACGGGACAUUACACACAACAGCCGCUUAUCGAUCGACAUCCCAAUUUAAUUCCCACAAUACCUGGAUCACUUCCAGCGAUGGAUAGCGAAUUGGAAACAUCCGUCAGCGCGUCAACGACGGCCAUGACGUGGCUCGUUCCAGCACUCGGCAUCGCCAUGGUCUUGACGAUCGUCGCGUGGCUGAGACGUCGGAUGCGCCAUAAAAAGAAAUCGAGACGGCCGAGCUCAUCGACGGCCAUCGCAGAGACUCGAGACGCUCACUACCCGCCCUCGAUGGGCAAACCGGCGCAAUUAGUGACAGUCGCAGAGAUGCCCGUCUGCCUGACCAAGAACGUCCUGCAUCAGGAGCGCUUCACCAACAACCCGGAAUACGACUGGAACGCGGACCGCGGCUCGACGGGAAGUGGGGCAGACACGAGCCACUUGCUCGAGUCGGCCGCCAACGAUCAGUUCAAAUCGUUUGUCAUCAUCCGACCGGAAUGGAUCGAAUUGAAACAGGAAAUUGGCGAGGGCUGCUUCGGCAAAGUCUUCCGCGGCUCGCUGAGGCGGCCAAACGGCCAGCCGCACCAAGGUCCCAAUGAUGAAGCGGUGGCUGUCAAAGUCUUAAAAGCCGCAGCUGGACCCACCGGCCAGGAAGAUUUGCUUCAGGAAGCCGAAAUUAUGAUUUCCUUUUCUCAUCCAAACAUCCUCUCACUCAAAGGCAUCGUCAUCAACGAACCAAAUAUUGGACCGUGGCUCGUGUUCGAGUACAUGGCGCUGGGAGAUUUGGCGCAGCUACUGCGAUCCGCCAAUGGCAAUCUCUUUGCUAAAACCAAGACGGCCUAUUCGUUGAAUCAGGACGACUUGCACUCCAUUGCCGGACAAAUUGCGGACGGUAUGGCUUAUCUCUCAUCCCAGCAUUUUGUUCAUCGUGACCUGGCCUGUCGCAAUUGCCUUGUCGGCGAAAGACCUCAAGGGGGCGGCCUGGCCGUCAAAAUAUCAGACUUUGGCAUGAGUCGCGACGUCUACACUUGCGAUUAUUACAAGAUCGGAGGUUCGCGGAUGCUGCCAGUCCGCUGGAUGCCCCCAGAAGCAAUCCUUUACGGCAAAUUCACAAUUGAAUCGGAUGUCUGGAGUUUCGGUGUUGUUCUGUGGGAAAUGUUUGCCCUAGGAGUUCAGCCCUAUUACGGCCAUUCAAACGAACAGGUGGUCAAAUUGAUCCUCCAGGGGAUCCUAUUGACGCCUCCCAACUUGGCGCCGCCGCUCAUCUGCCAGCUACUCAACGGCUGCUGGAAAACGCAGCCGGCGGAUCGGCUCACAUUCGCCGAGAUCCAUUCCAAGUUGAAGCGUCGCGCGCGUUCAAACGAAACUUGGACACCAUCGGCCGUCACUUACGUCCAUUUGAGACACGACGACGACAUCGAUCAACCCGACCCUAACGUCGAAUACCUUCAAACCCUGCCGGACCUGCCCGUCCACCAUUACACCAACACGUGAAGUUUCAUCCUCCAGUUCAAAUACGAAACGAGGACUUGAAAAAAACCCAGUCAUAUCUUCAAAAAAAAAAAAAACAGAAACAUUUUUUUUUAAAAACAGACGAUCGAAGAAGAAGAA